UUGAGUUUUUGCUCUGUCUAACAGUGAUAGAUGCAUAUAAAAGUCUCUUACUACUAUUUUUGCUGUCAAUCUUUUCUUCAUGUCUAUUUGUUGUUUUGAAUAUUUUGACAAUCCAUAGUUAUGAGAAAAUAUUGCAUAGGAAUAUGAGCUCUGUUCUCUUUCAAGACCAUCCUCUUUCUGAUCUCUAAAUCUACUACUGAUCUCAUCUCAAUAGCCAUUUUGUGAAUGAGUGAUUCGUUUUCCAUUAUCUUCCCAGCACAAAUGAGGAGACUGAAUCCAGAUACCCAGCCCCAUCCAAAUAUCCAGAUGCAGGAAGAUGAGGAAAACCUCAUUCCCUUUGCCAAGUAUUCCAGGGUGGUCAGCCGAACACCACCCCCCAGCUUGCCUUCCCAGAGCCUCAGACUGACACCCAAGCGUUAUGGAGAUUUCUUCUGGGAGAACAUAAGUAAAAGACCCAGCCCCACCUGGAUGGAGGAACAGUACUUCCCACCCCAACUGAAAGUCUCUGCUAGGUCACAGCCUGACUUGUAUCGCCCAGAAGGGCUCCCACCUCCUGAGAUGCUUUGCAGAAGAAAAAGGAGAUCACAUUUGUCAGGGAUGCAACGGGGAACUGGGGGCACCCCAGCCCGGGUGAGGGCUGUCACUUACCACCUGGAGGAUCUAAGAAGGAGACAGAGAAUCAUCAAUGAUAUGAAGGAGGCCCAGUGGGGCAGCUCUGCGGCUGCAGCUGCAUCCGCUCCCCUGAUGCUGGAUGAAGGUGACUGUGGACUCCCCAGUGCCACCCAAUGUCCUGAUCUAGAAGAGGAGAGAGCACCUUAUCCACUGGAACAAGAUCAUCAUCUCACUCCUGGAAGGGCCCAGCUGCUUUGGUCUCCCUGGACUCCCCUCGGCCGUAAGGGGUCUUAUCUUUCCCGCUAUCAGGCUUCCUGCAGCACUGGCACACCCCUUUACAGUCCCUGGGAGCCGGAGCUGCAGUCUGAGGAGUGAGAAGGACCCUCCAAGAGGCUUGUGCUGCCCCGGGAAGCCAUGGCUUGGCCCCAUCACUGGAAUCGCCUCCAUUUAUGGCAUCAGGCGUUUCCCUUUCCUUGGCCUUUCCCAACUUCCGCUCCCAUUUAAAUGGUCCCCGCGGUGUCCCACCUCAACCCAGCCCUCCUGCAGCUACGCCCCACCUCCUGUCGUCACCCACAU